AUGGAUCUAGACGUACUCAGCUGGAAUUGCCGAGGUAUAUGUAACGAUGCAACGGUCAGGGCACUGAAAGAUUUGAUUACUCAGAACAGGCCCCAGAUCGUGUUUCUCUGUGAGACAAAAAUCAGCCGCAGGGAAGAGUUUGAGCGCCUACAGCAUGCUUUAGGUUUUGCUCAUGCAGAGGCGGUGCUGAGUGAAGGACAAGCAGGUGGCUUGGGUUUCUUUUGGAGUGAUGAGGUUCAGUUACGGAUGCGAACGACAUUGGCGCAUCACACGGAUGCCGAAGUGGUAGGUGUACUGUCAUGGUGGCUGACUGGUUUUUAUGGUUAUGCUCGGACUGCGGAGAGAGAACAAUCAUGGCAACUACUCCGUGCACUGUCCGAUCUUGAUUCCUUACCGUGGGUUGUGAUUGGUGAUUUUAAUGAGAUAAUGAAUAAUGGGGAGAAGAUUGAUGGGCCGCUUAGGGCGGAAAGGCAGAUGCAAGGCUUCAGGGAAGCGCUCGGAUAUGGGGAUCUACUCGACCUAGGGUUCCAUGGAUCUUUGGCUACGUGGUGGAAUUCAGAAACUCAGCUGCGACUGGAUAUGGCGGUUUGUACGCCAUCUUGGUUUGACCUAUUUGGGCAUUCUAAGCUAUUUCAUUUGUUGCCCUCUGAUUCAGACCAUAUUCCUAUUUUGUUACGGGCUAGCUCAGUUCCUCUGGUGCCCAGACCAAAGUAUCAUCGGUUCAAGUUUGAAGCAUAUUGGGUACAGCAUCCGGAUUGUGCUGGGGUGGUGGAGGAGGCUUGGCGGACAGAUAUUACUGGUACCCCAAUGUUUUACAUUGCAAAGAAAAUUGAGCACACCCGAAUCUGCUCGGUAUAA